UUGGACUGUUGUUGUUUUUGGCUGUCAUCAAAUCGAUGACGAAAGUUUUAUUUUGCAGAUCGUCCGAAUUUUGUUCUGCAGAGGAAAAAACGAAAUUUUUUUUACAGCAAUAGUGCAAUUAGCCCAUAAAAGUGUUGAAAAUUAGUUCAAGUUGCCGGCGACGAUGUUUACGAUAGUGGAUUUCUAUGGAAAGCAAUCGGAUUACAGCUGCGGUUACUGCAAGCAACCCUCAUCCUGCCAGUCGCACGGAAUGUGGGCGCACACCAUGACAUGCCAGGACUAUCAGGACCUAAUUGACCGGGGCUGGCGUCGAUCCGGAUGCUACUGCUACAAGCCGGAAAUGAACACCACCUGCUGCCCGUCGUACACGAUCAAGUGCGAUGCGAUGAGCUUCCGGUUGAGCAAGUCGCACAAAAAGAUCAUCAAACGAAUCAACAAGUUUCUCAAGGAUGGUAUUAAAGGAAAGGACGACGGAGGAGCUGAAGAUGAAGGAGGUUCUGGGACUCAUGGUGAAAGUGGCGGCGGAGAUAUUGAAAUGGGAGACAUAGCUCGUAAUCCUCGGAAGGAAUUGGAUUUAAAUAACGUCCGAGCGUUGAAUCGUAAAGAAGACGAAAGAGAAGAGCCUUCACAUGACGUCGUCGAUGGAUUAUGUCUAGCGAAGGACAGGAACGCUGGGAGUAGUUCCAAUCUAUCCACCAAGUCGUCGACCGGUGGGGGUGGACAGCCACCGAAGAAAGCGAAACUGCUAAGAAUUGAACGGAAGAGAGAGAAACUGAUACAGAAAGGAUUGAAUGCGGAAGAGAUUGAACAGAAGAUGAAGGAGGCCAAGGGGAAAAACGUUGAGAAAAGUUUGGAGGAUUUUCUCGACGAAGCACCAAAGGAAGAUGACCAGGCGGCUCAUAGGCUAAAGCUUGUUACCGUCUGUACCUCGACAACCGAAUUCAAACAAAGCCUAGAAGCCUCUUUCGCAGUGUACGAGAAGUACCAAACCCAGGUGCACAACGAUCCGCCCAAAAAAAUUGACGAAUAUCUGGCCUUCUUGGUCACGUCUCCCCUCAAGUUUACUACGGGUUCAAACUCGCCCAACUGUGGCUUUGGAUCGUUUCAUCAGCAGUACUGGUUAGAUGAUCGUCUCAUCGCUGUGGGAGUCAUCGAUAUCCUUCCGAGCUGUGUCAGUUCGGUGUACUUUUUCUAUGAUCCUGAAUUUAGGUUUUUGUCAUUGGGGACAUAUGCAUCCUUAAGGGAACUAGCAUUCACGCGCAAGCUACACCAGCACACGCCCAGUAUUGCCAACUACUACAUGGGAUUCUACAUCCACUCGUGUCCCAAGAUGCGCUACAAGAGCAAUCUUUAUCCGUCGUAUCUGCUGUGUCCGGAAGUGUACAGCUGGCACCUGCUGGACGCACGAGUUGUACAAAAGCUAGACCAAAACAAGUAUUGCCGCCUGAACGAGGAUCCCAAAGCCGUGGACCGGAAUGCGGUGGGACCUGAGGAUAUAGAAAAGGUGCUCAUUCUGCAUGGCAGUUCUUAUCGGCGGUAUUCGCUGUAUAUGAAAAUGAUUGGUCUGAAGCACCCGGAUGAGAACACGCGCUUAUACGCGAAUCUUGUUGGGAGAGAAUGCUCUGCGCGCAUGCUACUUUACGAAGCGUAAGAUGAUAAAGCAAAGCUUGAGUUAUGUAUCAACUGUCUGUUAAUAUGAAUCUUAAAUUUUACCGCGCUGUAUUGUGCUACGAGCCGAUAGUUCACUUGCUUUAAAGAUUGUAAACUCUAUUAUUGCUGUACCGUUGACAAACGAAGUGUACCUUACUCUAUGUGAUAAUUUCACAGCCAUAUGGGCAACUGAAAGAUCACCUAGCGAUCAUUCACGAUUUAAAAAUAUAUCUGGUUUCCUAAUGCA